AUGAGAGACAGUAGUCUGGUGGACGCCACGAAGUACCGGAGCAUCGUCGGCGGGCUGAGGUACCUGGUAAACACGCGCCCUGACAUCGCGUUCGCGGUGGGGUUCGUUAGCCGGUUCCUGGAGCAGCCACGGGAGGAUCAUCGCGCCGCCGUCAAGCGUCUGAUCCGCUACAUCUCAGGUACACUUAAUCAUGGCGUGUACUACAGCAGAGUGGAGGAGGGACCUUGUCGUUUGAUUGGCUACAGCGAUAGCGAUCACGCCGGUGAUAUUGAUGAUCGGAGGAGCACAAGCGGCAUCCUGUACUGCCUCAGCGGCAACCCAAUUACUUGGCAGUCUAGCAAGCAGAAGGUGGUGGCCCUAUCGUCGUGUGAAGCAGAGUACAUCGCCGCUGCAACUGGUGCGUGUCAAGGCGUCUGGCUGGCUCGGUUGCUGAAGGACCUGGUCGGUUCGGAACCUGAAGCACCAGUGCUGAAGGUAGAUAACAAAUCUGCCAUUGAUCUAAGUAGAAAUCCCGUCCAUCAUGACAGAAGCAAACACAUAGACACAAAAUUCCACUACAUCAGAGAGUGCGUGGAUGGCGGGAAGAUAGUCCUCGAGCAGAUUUCUACUGAUGAUCAGCUCGCGGACAUUCUGACGAAGUCACUUGGUCGCGUGAAGUUCCAGGAGCUGCGUGAUCGAAUUGGGGUCGUCAGCAACAAGUUUCUGCGUCAGGAUUAG